AUGUUUCGAGUCCCUUCAUUUACCGGUAGAUUAGCACUGCUGAGGUCUCCCGCGACUCUACACUACAUCGGAACACCUCGAUCGUUCAAGGAGGACUGGAAGACACUCCACACGAAGGAUUCAGAAGCGGCUGGAAUUGCGCGCAAUCCUAAUUCGGCACAAUCCAAACCGACUCAAAAACGAACGAGAACAUCGACUCGCCGGAAAUCACAGGCAACAUUAAAUGAAAAGAACACAGGCGGCCCGGUAGAGGAGGAUGGAGACCAGAUAGGUUUAGAAGAGGAUGCACGAAAGAGGAAUAAGCCUAAGAAACGCAAGGAUGUCACAUCCUCGGCUCCAGUUCAAGGGAAGGAUGGUCUCAUCCAGUACCUAUUCGAAGGCUAUGGUGGCUCCCAUAAGAAAGGGCGUACCAAGGUUGGAGAUUCAAGACGGGUUCAAAUAGUCAGUAAGGAAUUGUGUGACGAUAUUAUCGAACGUAUGAAGCCAUCACUGGAAAAACAUGUGGGUUGUGAUAUAAUAGAUUUGAAUCCUGGUCCGGGAAUAUGGUCUUCAGCCAUCCACGAUUUCCUCAAACCACGGACACAUGUUUUGAUGGAACCUGAUGAUGCCCUUUAUAGACCAUUACUUCAGCCGUUGCUCGAUGCUGAGGGCUCCACAUACAAGCUGAUACCUAAAUCCGGGGUAGUAUGGGCUUUCCUACAACAAGCGCUUUCUCCGGAACUCCUCCCACAUCAGAAGGUGCGUGAGCCUGGUGACCCGCGCUUGGAGGAGCAGAAUGAUACGCUUUUAGUCCUGGCAAACCUGGGAUACUAUCCGAAGAAACCCUAUAGAGGAUUUUCUUCAAUUAGCAGCCUCGUUAUUUAUCAACUCUUAAGCGCUGCUCGGUCACACUCGCUCUUCCACAAGUACGGCCUCAUACGUAUGCUUAUAUGGGUAGAAGAUGAAGAGAAGAAAAUGGUUCUUCCCAGGAGCAUAGUGAACCGGCGAAAAUCUUCAGUCGAGGCAGAAGUCACCUGUGGCGAUAUUUUCGAAGUUGCGUCCUCCACCGACGCGGUUGGUGUAAGUCUGCGAGACCAUAAUCUUGACUUGGAAAGUUCUAUGGCUGUUUUGAAGAGAAUGGACGAGGCUGGAAUUAAGACACCGAAAAAUCGACAGGGCGCACUGGAAAUGGAAGCCACUAAAAGUAGUUCAAGGGACAUCAGUGCGGAAAGCCAAAUAGUAAAGAGGGAAUUCUAUAAAGAGUUGGAAGAUUUGGAGCGACGCUUCGAUGCAGAAGAGUUUUCUAUGUUCCAGGACUCUCCAGAGGGUCGUCAAGCAUUGGAAACCUUUCAAAGCUUGCAAACCUCUGCGCGAAGCCCGAAAUUACAAACACCUGAGUGGACUCGCAUGGCACUGCUAACCAAAGCAGAGACAAGAUGGAAAAAAGAAGCGCCAAAAUCGACAUUCAAACAUGAGGACGAGCUCCGUGAACUUCGUGAACGAUUCGCAGCUGGAGAAUUUCAACAGUACCAAUUGUCUGAAGAUGGGUUGCCAAAGCGGGUAAACAAGACUAGUAUGGCAAAAUACUAUACCCCGGAAUACAAGCGCCUCGAAUACCUUCGAACGCGAAGCCGGAUGGAAAACAAGAGAGUUGCGAGGGCCAUGGCUCUAAGUGAUGAAUACGAUGAGAUUCUUACGAUGCAAAAAGAAAUCCUCAGUAAAGAUGGAUCUGAGGCAGACAGUCUCCGGCAGGAAAUCGACAGACGUACUGAAGAAUGGAAAGAGGAAAUGCAGUUGAUGAAUAAUGAAGACGAUAGGGCUCUGGUCUACAAUAUGCUAGACAAUCGCUCAGCAUUCCAUCGAGAUCCUCCCGUCUUAUACUGGGAUCGAAGGAAAGCGGAACCUCUCAAAACUGACCCGCAAGAGUUCUUCCCCAAAGCCGAGAUGGCUCUACUCGACUUCCAACCUCAACCUCUAUGGCCCGUUCUCCGAGAAAACUUCCCAGCCAAUUACGACGUCUUUGAAUAUAUCGUUUCCAACCUCCUCAUGAUUCCAACCCAAAGCAUUCGACAAGGCCUGUCUUCUUUGGCUCCUGGGGCUUUCGAGUGGUUAGUUCAAGAAUGCCCUUCGAUUUCAGAUCCAAACAAAGGAGGGAAUCCCGAUCAUGACUUCAUGAGAGUCAGGACUUUGACCCUGGAGAUGUACAAAGAAAUGACAGAGGCAUGGUUACGAUGGCCGUUUCGACCAUCCAGAUACGAUUUGUUGUCGUUGAUGGGGUCCGAAGUCCAUGAUCCUGAUGCAGCAGAAGUGGGAGAGAGGGUUUGA